CCUUUCUAGCUAUUCUAAUAUCUCAACAAAAGAACGAUGACACAACAAGCAAAUACGAAUAUACCAAUCAUCGACUUCAAACCAAUAAGCGUCCUUUAUGACACAAGUGCCAUAGACAAAGAUACUUUGGCUGAGAAAGGAAUGGAGAUGAAAAAAGCUUUACAAAGUUACGGAUUUUUUUAUGCAUUACAACAAAACUCGUCGACAAUUUACUAGCAUCGGCUAAAUGCUUUUUCGAGAAAGAUGAGCAAUGUAAAAUGCGCCAUUUCCGUGGAGCGAAAGGCGAGCUUGGUUGGAUUGGAAUCCGAAAAGUCAGACCCUAAUUUUCCAGGCGAUCUAAAAGAGAGCUUUAAUUAUCACCCUGCAGACGAUAGAAAUAUAUUCAUGCAAUCAGAUUUUAAUCAGAAUUGUAAAAGCAUGUAUUCAUUGUGCAGCAACCUGUCCUAUAAUGUGACAGACGCUCUCUCCAUCUCACUUGGUUUGGCACUGAGAAGUUUAAGAGAAGCAUAUCAACAACUCGGUCUUAAAAACAAUCAAACAUUUCUCAGAAGUUUAAUGUAUCCUCCAAUUCCUCCCAAGCAUGACGUGAAACCUGGUCAGGUACGACUCGGAGAGCACACAGAUUACGGGAUGGUCACCUUUCUUUUUCAAGAUGAUGCCGGGGGCCUGGAAAUGAACACGCCAAACUUAGGUACAUAA